UAUUUGGAAGAAUGUUGUUCCAAGCAGUUUGGAAAUUUCGAAAAAAUUUCAUGAAAAUGUGAAAUUUCGAAAAUUUGCUGUAAAUUUAAAUCAUUUGAAACCAUAUUUUCUUUAGAUUUGAAUCACUGGCAAAUAAACGGUAUCGGUUUAGGCGUAACUAGUUAUUAAAGCUAAAAAUAUUAUACUUCAAGUCUUAGCUUAAACAUCCCGAAAGCAUAUAACUUUGUCUAUAUGACCAGAAAUAUUUUAUGAUCGAAUUUAGCAUUCUACUAAUUUAUACUACACCUAUCUCUCUUUUACAUGCGCUACCAUACACCGACGUUGUUGCUUUUGCAGAGGCUGAGCGCCCGAAUACAGCCGUUGCAAUAUACUCAGUGUUCGGCUGAGCGUUCUCCCGCCGUAUACAAAAGUUGACUCAUGUUUUGGUCGGCUGUCAUUUAUGAAGUAGCGCUCGGCCGUCGUGGUUGUUUGUAUCUACCAGAUACUUGUACAUUCGGUGUUUUUUUAGAGAGAUUUCUACUUGAAUAUAUUUUUAAAGUUUUCGCAAAUUAAGGAGCACAUAUUUUUCGAAUUUUUGCAACCGCAUUGCAAACAAAAUACUACUUCCUGCAACGUCGAAAAGUCGCUCAUAAAGAAAGCGUAAAAAACAAAUUGAAAAGUAAUUCGAAGUUAAUUGUCAAAAGUUUGCAUAUACAUUAUUUGGUAAUUAUUUCGUAAUCCACACAAAGUUGUUUCCACCAGCAAAACCAGUGUGUGAGCGUCAGCAUAAAAAUCUCGUCAAAAGCUACAACAACGAUUGAAAAGCAAAACAAAAGUACCGGAGAAUCAACUGUGGUCAGCUGAGACUCAUAAAUCCAUACGUUCGUGCAACCAAUUCCAACGCAUCUAAUCGAAACUCAAAAAGUAACGUGUAUAAAAGCACAAAGAAAAUUUUCAUAAAAAUAUUAAAAAUUACGAAAUUUGUGUUUUUGUGAGUUUUAAAAUCUUUUUUUUUACGAUUAAAUCGUGCGUAUGUUAAUUCGGUUACCAAUUGGUAAAAUCGGUAGUUUGUUCAAACAAAAACAGUUAACAUUUUGUCUGAUUUACACAAAAUUGGUUUAGAAGGCUCAAGUGAAAGUGUCAAGUCAAUCGAAUUGAAUUUUGUAGUCUGACACACAACGUUAACGAAACCGCUGUGAAGCCACAGCAAAAUUAUCAAAUCAAAAACAAAUGGUGGCGUGAUAUUUAUAAAGUUUUACCAAAAACGAAACGAAUUUUAAGCAAAAAGCCAAAAAGCGCGCAAAGCCUUUGGCAGUGUAAAAAGUUAAACAAACGUACGGAAGAUCAAAAAAGACGAUUGCAGACGCAAAACGCCCAAUUUUUGUCCCAACAACGAGUGCAGCUAUAUUACAAUUCAUAAUAAAACAACAUUAAAUACAACAAAAUGAGCGCAUACAGAGAGAUGUCCAAACUGGAGAACAGUCGCUUACGCAUCGUUAUCUUCGUAAAUAUAUCAGUUUUAAGGAUAUGAUUUGAUAUUCGCGUAAAAAUAAUUUUUGCAUGAUAUUUUUGAGGUUAGAGCUUCAAUAGAUUUCGAUUAGCAGACAAAUUAAUUUGAGUCCCAUUGUAAGUGCAAGCACAUAAAAUUGCACUCUAUUUGAAUUGUAGUGCAAAACUGCCUAAAUGACAGUAAUUCAUUCAAUUAAGGGUAUUACUGCCUAACAUUUCCCCUCCACAACCCCCACUGUUGUAUUCCAUGUCACCGGCUUGGAUAGUUCUAGAAAUAAAUCACCGGCUCUUUCAAUGAUGAAUGUUUUUAUAAAACUUAGUAUGCAGACGUCAUUCUAGAUACUAGCUAGUAUCUUAAUUUACGUCCAUUAUAAAUAAAAAUGUGUGCAUAUACAUGAGUAUGCAUGUAUGUAUGGUAUGUGAGACGAGCGAGCUGGCUUAGUAAUCAAUUUUCAUAACAAGCGAUUUAGCUGGAAUAAUGAAAACAUACAUAACAUACACACACAUGCAAUUAUGCAUUAGUCCUUGAAGUGAAACUCAUCAGUAUCCAACUGCAUAACGCAUUCUCAAGAAUAGGUGAUACACGCUUGCAUCAGCUGAUGGAAAAUAACUUUCCAAAGUUUUCCAGAAGUACCUAUGAAUGUACAUGUGUAUGAGAGUUUGUAAAUAUUGAUUAGUGCGUUGAAAAGUUUCCGCAAUAGCAGAUAAGGAAUUGAAGCUUUCUGAAUAUGAGUCGAUUCGUAUGACAAAACCGGUAGCUGAAAUUAAAUUUUUUUUCAACUAAUCUGUUGGGGCUACUCGUAUUGCAUUAUGAAUAGUCAAGUUUCUAGUAGUAAUAAACUUGAGUUUUUAUUGCAAGCGCACAAUAAUUAAGUUUCUAAAUAUAAACGGGUAUGAGAGAACAAUUAGUUGGAAUUGUUGUAAGCGAUCUUGUGAACUACGGCAGCUGAUUAACAAAAUGGUCGCCUCAGGAAAACGUUUUCGAGAUUUUCAGGAAAAAUCCAACAGUUAGCUGUUUGUGAAAAGAGUGUAGAGAGUUCAAAAACAAAGUUCUGAGAAAAAUAUAUUUGAAGUUUUACACGAACAUGCCAGAGCAAAAUUUUUCCUAAGACGUUAUACUUUAUGGAAAUCCGGAAACAGUAAUUUUCUUUAAAUGCAGACUACCACUUAAAUCGGUUAAAAAUGUAGUUUACUAUACAAAUAUUUAGAAAUGCAAAUUUAAUCAUCUUCUGCUUACUCACAUAGCAGAUCAAUAAAUCACUCAUAAUCCAUUAUUUUAAUUAAUUGUAAUACAAAUUAAAUUAAUAAAAAUAAAUAAAAAUUGACAAAAAAGCCACCACAAAUAUUAGGCAUACAUACAUAUUUAUUUGAACAUAUAAAAACAUUCCAAGAAUAGUUUAAUGAAUUAGUUUAAUCGAACUCUUCGCAUAGAAUUGCUUUUACUUGUAAGCGUGUGUAUGUUUGUGUGAAUCUACUAGACUUGUCAACAGAAAUAAACUUGAUUAUUUAUAGUUUUAGUUAUUCAAAAGAAAACUACAAGUACUUAAUAUCGCCGCCAGACAAUCGUUUUCCGUUUAGUCAGUAUCUUAGAUUAGAUAAGAGAUAGUAAGCGCCCAUAAAUGGCCUAAUAAAGCAGUGUGAAGACAUCAAUGCUCCACCCUAAAGAUUACUUAUACUGGACUAAGUACACAGCUAAUGUUUAUUCACUGUUCUUGUCGGUAUCCCCGACGUUCAAAUUCCACUAGUCACAUUGCUCUGUAAAUAACACGCACACUUAUCCCUACAAACAAUUUCAACAUAAACAAUUUAUACAAAUAUACAUACAUACAUAAAUUAAUGAACGCUUUAAUGCUGUAUGAGUGAUUAGAGAUACCUUAACACUCACGCAUUUUCCCCGGUCUUAAAUCAAGAGUCAUAUGUGUACAUUUAUGUGUAGAUAACACACAUGCUUCUUGAGCUGGCUGGCCCGCUAGCGUGCUGAUGUCUGGAGUUGCACGAGCAUGCCGCGUGAUUACGGACAACUCCGUAUCUUAAAUUAUAGCCAAACAUGCUGAGAACUCUCCUUCAUUUUAGCCCCUUGGCUUUCUAUUGAACACAACAACAACAAUUACAAAAAAAGAAGAAGUAAAUUUAUACUCUUAAAAUUAAGGGAGCGAUAAAAGGGUAAGAAGAAGAAGAGCGUUGCCCAAAUUAUGUCUUCUGUGCGCGUUUUUAGAAAUUUGAAUGCUUCAGGUUUUUAGUUUUUAGUGACUGUAGAACGUAUCAGCUGAUACGACCUAUCUUAUGAGAGUGCAAUGUAAAUGAACACUUACUACCGCUUCUACCGUUCGUACCGUGGGUUAUCGGUGAAAAGUGGAUUUUUCCCGGAGAAACGAGUCAGUUGGUUGCUCUCUUAUAAUGUAGGGUUGCCGGUCUCGAUAUUUUGUAGUAAAUAAAAAAUUAAUUUGAGUAUAUUUAGAAUAUUCUUAAACUAACUCAAAAUCACAAUCGAAAAAUAUUACUUAUAAAUAGGUAGAUUACAUUAUUAAAAAUUUUAACUUAAAGCCAUGUAUACAUACAUAUUGAGCAAUGACAACAUUGUUCAAAUGAAAACAAAAGAUAAGCUCUGAUUUUUACGGAAGCAUAAAGCAGUUCUACAGGGACGACAAGGUUGGGAGCACAUUGUACGAGUAUGUAUGUUUUAUGUAUUUUACACCAGAGCGCUGUACUUAAGUUGCUUUGGAUGUCACGGAGUGGACGCGUAGUCAUAGCGUGCCUACGAUUAGUGACAGAAAUAGACACUCAACAGCUGAUUGGCCAAUUGAAGGCUUUUCUAGCUGUUAGCUGGUCGCGCACUGGCGGCUUGGUGAUGGCUUCCUUGGCCGAUUUCAUGAAUUUCUGUAAAACGCUCAAUCCAUGGCGGCAUAUCGUGUUGACGCUCACGUAUCACUUGCUUCACUGCUCGGAAGAUGUCCUAACAAAAGUUAAAAAAACUGCUCAGACAGCCUUUACAGACAUAUGUACGUACAUAUGUUUAUCGUUAAAAGUGAUCAACUCUGCGAUAAGUGGCACACUGGUGGCACACGUCUACCGAGUGGCGCUUUGCUCUAUUUUUGUAUUCCGCACUGUUAUUAAAUUUUUGGCAGUUAUUAUUUCCGGAAAAAUAGUAAAAUAUUUUAAUAUAUUGUAUAUAAAUUCCUCGUUGAGACAAUUUAUCAAAACAUUUCCUCUUCUAUGAAUAGAUGCCCCUUAUGUCAGAUAUGUUAAUUCACAUUUAUACCCUAAACAGGGUAUGUUAAGUGAUCUGCAUGACGAGUUGAGUCGAUUUAGCCAUGUUUGUCUGUCUGUCUGUCUAUACGCAAACUAGUCGGGGUUUGAGAUAUCAGUAUUUUUGCACCUGUCCUUUUCUCUUCAAGAAACUGCGCAUUUGUCGGAACUUAUCAAUAUAUUACAUAGCUGCCACAUAAGCUGAACGUUGAAAAUCAUGUCCCUGUAGGGAAAAUUUUUUAUUUGACAAGAUAUUUUCAAGAAAUAUGGCAUGAAUUAUUGUCCCAGGCAAUAGUGCAAUCUGCGAAAAAGAAUUUCAGAUAGCAGUUAGCUGCUUUACAUAUUGCUCAGAAUCAAGUUUUUGUAUGGAAUCUUAUGUUUUUGUGAAGGGUAUUUCGGUGCAACCGAAGUCAACAUUUUUUCUUGUUUUUAUAUAUUAAUUUUUUAUUUAUUUUUUUUAUCUCAAUAUAUUUAUCAAAAUAUACGUAUUUCUACUUCAAAUCUUUUCAUCCAUCGAACUCCAAAUUCAACCUCUCAUACUAAAACACAACGAGUUAGCGUUUAUCUGAUAUUUGUGCGCUUUAUUUUGAUUUGCAAAUUUAAUGAGCACAAGGAAACCAUAAAAAGUUACGCAUAAAGCUCAGCACUGGCUCACUAUCAAAUUAACGACCAACCAAGGCGAACUUUGCUGCGGCCAACAAAAACUAAUGCAAAUUAAUAGACCAAUAUAAAACAAUAAAUAGGAGUGAUUGCACUUGUACAGCUGUCAAUGGUUCUGAUUCAAGUGUAUGCACAUACAAAUAUUUGCAUAAAAUAGUAUACUUAGACAUACCUACAUAUUUAUGAUAUGGAAGCCAUAUACUUUAUAUUUAAAUUUAUAUAUAGAUAUCGAAAUUAGAAAAAUAUUUACGAACAUGAAUUAGCCGAAGCGUAAUUAACGCGAAAAUUUUCAAAUUAAUUCACAGAAUUAUGCGCAGUGUUUGAUUUUUCAUUCAUCACUCAAAAUUUGUUGUAAAAUGUUAACCAAUCUCUGAUAUUGGCUUAACAAAUCAGCGAAAAUUAUUCUCCUACUAGCUACUUACUUUAUGGCCCCUGAAAUCUAACGUCUUAACUAUGCUCGUCGCUAUGGCUCCAUGCUUUGUACUAACGAUGGCUACUUGGCCCUCAGUGCACUUCGGGGUGUAGAAGCAACAUGGCACACUUACUGAAUAGUAAAUUCUCAGGUGAAUCGGUCAAUUUUUUUGUCCCAGCACAACUCGCACAAGUUGGACAGGUUCAUUAGUAUGCCGAGUGUGUCGUUGGUAGGCACCAUAAAGCGUUCGGCUGUGUAGGUGCGCGUGCAAUUUUCACACUUAUCUGCAGCCGCAAAUCCGCGGCCAGCACUUGGCUCCCCGUGAUAUUCAGGGGCGCGUCAGCCGUCACCCACAUGCAGGCCCACCACUGCGCUUACCAGCACGUCUGGAUGUGUGUGUAUGUGUGAACUCAUCAGCACAUCGCCACAACCGGGAAAUUUCUAUGAGCUCGUAUAGCGCAAAAACAACUGAGCUUCAGAAAAAAAACAAAAGGCAACACGUGUAUGGCUGUGGGAUUGAAAGCUAAAAUAUUCAUUUAUAUAUUAUAUAUAUAUAUUAUAUAUAUAUAUAUAUGUAUGUGUAUAUGUAGAAUAUGUAGUUGCUCAUAUGCCUAAAUUAAUACGAAAGGAAGCGACGAUGUCGAGUUAUGGAUUAAUUAUGAUUUGAAGAUAUAUACAUAUAUAUAUAUAUGUGUAUGUAUGUAUGACGGCAAUGUAAGACAUGCCGUCCGAUUUAGCAACGCACGCGUUCUGUGUCUUCCUCUCCACGAACACGGCCGCUUUGGAUUCGCGGCAAUUGAAAGCAUUUGUCCAAAACUAGAACUGUCGCACUCAAAUUGAAGCAUCCGAGGCUAAAUAUUUUUAAUAAAAAACAUACGUUUGUGUGCGCAUACAUUAGCUGGACGCUACAGAACAACAAUGACGCAACUGGUUGUUGCCUUGUUGUAUCUGUUGUUGGCGACAAGCCUGACGGCUAGUUUCUACACUCGCCAGCAAAUAAACAGCAAUCAUAUUUCAAUGCUAUGCGCCACUUUUUUCAAUAGUCAGCCAAUAGCGAACGAGCUGCUCUACUGUUUUUGUUGUGCAUAUUGAAAAACAAAGUACUGUUGCUCUUAAAAUUAGAAUAAAAGAAAAGGCUGGUUGAAUUAAAAAAAGUUCUUAAAGUUGCCAACUCACAACUUAUUAAGUUACUUUUUGUUGACAACUGAUGCAUUGAAUUGAAAAACAAUUAAUUUGGUCGUGAUCAACCUCACAGGCGAUUUCUAAUAGCUUCUUUAAUAUUUUGUCAUGCUGACUUCGACAUAUUUUAAAAAUUUGAUUUGAAUUCCACAGCAUAUGUAUUUGCAUAGAAUACAAUUUGGUCACAACAACAAUAGAGGUAAAGAAAUAGCGUAUUAGCCAAGCGGCACAAGGCUUGUUAGUCCACAGCGCGCACGCGCCGUCAAGUAAAGCUAGUUUUUGCAUAAUAUACGUAUAGACAAGUUAGCGCUGACUUUUUAAAAUUGUUAAACUACACACGUCCAUGAGUAAGAUUUUGAUUUCGGUAUCUACCAAGGCGUAUUAAACGGAGGGUUGAACAUAAGCGUUUCUAUAAUAUAUGUACAGUUACACGCUUGCGAUAAGACAAAGCACCAAAGACCAAAUCAGCAGACUAGCUGUCUACAAGCGGACCUCUAAAUUUAGCAUUAGCGAUGCUGACUCGAAUAUCACUGCAGUGACGAAUAACUUAGCACGCUCGACUUUAUGAUCCGCUAAAUCUAUAUACUAAAGAUUAUGGGUUUUAUAUUCGUUUGUGUGGAAGUGUCUAUAAAGUAUAAGGUUAACUACUUGUAUUUUAGACCUCUUCAAAUCUAGAUUAAUGUUUCAUAAACCAUUUUUAGUUUCGAAAAUAAUAACAUAUUUUUUGUGCACUUGACUAAUUUCGCUUUUGUUUUAUAUUUUCAGAAACUGCCUACGUCGCAUUGCCCGUCACGAUGAGCCCCAAUUCUCCAAGGAUAGUAUCGUCAAUGUUAUGGAAAGAUUUGUGAAAACCGUUAAAGUUAUGGAUGACACUAUAUUGGUGCCAUGCUUGCUAAUGGAUCGACAGGUCGGUGAUAGCACAGAUAUUAUUCCAGCACCUGGCAAGAAUUCUACCGCGAAUCAGCACACAAUCCAACAUUCUGCCGCACAUGGCAAACGCAGCGCCGCACACUCCAAGAACGUGCAUGAGUUCCUUAGCUCGUCAGAGCUCUUCAAUCUCUAUAACAUGUUGAAGGCGCUCAAGACGGAUUUGCUCUGGACAGGAAAGGACGAUUCCGAAGAAGAAGAAUGUGUCGUGAGUGAAAGGCAAGGUACAGCUGAAGUGGACAAUCUGUUGUAUUCGCGUUACGAUUCCAAAACAUCGGAUGCGGUGAGUGUGACCAGCAGUACAGAGGCCGUUGGCGCUAUCAGCAGAAGCGCUACUACAACAAAUAUCAACGCCAUUGCAGGCGCAACGGCACCGACUGCAACCGCCACCAGCACAGCAAGCGCCAAGGGACAUAAUCGUUGCCCCUCCACCGCCUCGGUGGCUUCGAUUGUUUCCACUACAUCGGCAUGCAACCUAAGCGAUUCGGAAAGUGAAAUUUCCAAUGAAAAUGAUUCGGGCAUGGAAUCGGAAGGCCAUAAGAGUGACAAUCAACCAAGCAGCACAGAGUCCGUAAGCGGUAGUGAUGAUACCGAGUCACGCGCCGCUGCAGCCGCCACCUCAACCGCGAACGCUGACAAAGCUACCGAAUUAGCGAAACGCUGUCGGCGACAUUUGAAUGGUCUCUACCAUUGCCUUGAACAAAUGACAGAAGCGGCUCAUUACCUGACUGUAAGAUACCAAAGUGAUAUUGGCCCCGUUUAGAGAAGAAAUGCCGUAGAGCUGUUAGCAGACAAUGCACAGACUGCAGCGAGCAAGCGACCCCCUAGGGGUUGUGCGCAAACUGAACGAGUGUAUUGAGUGGGGUACUGUGUUAGGGGGAUAGUCAGUCUCUUUCUUGGGGGGCCGGGGUCUCAUUUGUGGGUUUUUAUGUAAUAAUUUAAUAAUUUCUGUGUCUUUGUACGGUUUUAGGGUUAGGCGAUUGGGAAAACAGUACCCUAAUUGCGCUUAUGCCUAGGCUAACGGUUACCAAAUUCAGAUUUAGAGGAUUGUUGAUUUUUAAAUUAUUUCGUGUAUUGGUAAUGUAAUUUUUAUUCGAUAUUUUUAUAAAAAAUGCAAUAAAAGUUGUAAAGGAGUUCGAGAAUAUUUGAAAAGUCAACAUUAACGCCUUUUGUUCCAAGAACUCUUGAUCGUGCACACCAUAGGGUUUAAAAACCAACAAUCCCUAUCGGUAAGCUUUGUUAUGUGAUUUAAAAGAUGGCGUUGGUGUCGUGUGGCUGUUUGAGCAUAAUGAGUGGGCAAUCACAAAAUAAUACCAUAGUUUGUGUAUCUAAGUAGGUAGUUUAAAAAUAUUUAGUUUAAAAUACAAAAUCAUUGAAAAUGACUUAACGAUAUACCACUGAAAACUAUAUAAAUCAAAACAAAAAGCUAAAGUUGUAAAAUAAUUUUAUAGCAACAAAACCCACAGCAGCUGGAAACAACUAAAAGAAAAAAUGGUGGAAGAGCGAAAGAUAAAAAAGAAAUAGAGUCAAAAAAGCACAAGUUCAAUAAAAGCGAUUGUCGGGCAAGAACCAAAGCUCACUUUUAAUUUAAUAUUGUAUUGUACAACAAUAAAUAACUUCUAUUUUCCAUAUUAAUGUGAUAUAGAAUUGUAUGCGGUAUCGUGUGCGCUGCAAACGCCUGCUCCUCCUUUUGUGGCAUCAAUUAAGCAAAGACCUUAGCAAAGAAGCCACAAAAAUAGAAAAAUGAUACAAUAAGCAAACCGUAUACGAAAUUCAAUUUGUAUCUCUAAGAUUCAGUACUAAUGAUUGUACAUUGUAUGUACACUCUUGGACAAAUUUAUGUCGUAAAAUAAUGAGAAGUAUAAUAAAGAAGCCAAAGUUAUUAAGCGAAAGCUAA